AUGGGUGGACGGAGAGAACCCAAAUCAAAACGGACCUUGCAUGCCAUCGACACGCGCAAAUUCAUUGGCCGGUUUGUCGGGUUGCACAAGUUGCGCAGAGCUCAAGAGCUCUAUGAUGUUUCACUCUGCCGUAACCUCAACCCACGUCGGCGCAACAACGUCAAUAUCACUUGCCAGGAGACCAUUUCAGACUUAUCGGUUUCAGGUAUCUUGAGUGAGAAUGCGCCGGAGGACACUCUGCAGUUGCCGCAAAUGUGGUGCCCAAUUGAAGGCGACCGCCGCUCCAUUCGAUCAGGUAUCCACUCGGAAACAAGUUGGACUAAGCCUCCGAUUGAUGCCCGAAGCCACAGUCGGUGA